CCUCUUCAUGACCCGUCACGACGACAUUUCACCGAGCGGCUCCGACUCGUCCGACUCUGAAGAUGACUUCUUGCGUCUGGCGCCAGAGUCGGCACGAAGGAAGGCUGGAUUGAUCAAGGCUACGUCUCCUCGUGGACGAGGCCAAGCGUCGUCCAUCACGGAACGCAACACGACGUUGUUAGAGAAAGCCGCCCGCAAGACCACUUUUAUCGUGGCGGGACAGACAGCGACCCAGCGACGCUUCGAGGCCACGAAAGCGGCACUCAGUGCCAAGUCAAAGAGCCUAGCGUUGGAUGCUGAUCAUCACACGAGGUCCAUCUUCGAUCCCCCUGUCCACCACGACAACGACGUCGACGUCAACCUCCCCGAACUUGCGGCGUUUCAGAUUGCACCCACGGACGUGCAAGAAAUGUACGAAGAAGGGUAUGCUCAUGCCCUUAAACGACAAUGGAAGCCGGCGACGGAAGCGUGGGAGAAAAUUGUCGUCCUGGAUGCCGCGCACCCAGGGAAGGCCGGUGCAGCAAUCCUUGACUGGCUCCUUCCCCUGCAUGCGCACAUGGCGAUCGGGUACAAGAAGCUCGGCUUGCUUCGACGGGCACUGACGUCCUACGGCCGGAUCCGCCAAGCCAUCGAAGUAGUCGUGCCAGCCCCAGACGUGACUUCGCCGCCCCCGCCCAAUCGCCACGAUUUCAUCGCCGACGCAUUGCACCAGAUGAGCAAAAUCUACCACGAACUAGGCGAUAUGGAAAGCGCGCUGCAUUGCACGCAAGAAGCGAAUGCGUUGCUGCUCGAGUUCAUGGGCUCCAGCGUGGACUCGCCCGAGGAGUCGGCGCGCCUCGAGACACUGCACCGCGACCGGAAGCUGGCCAAAAUGCUGCAGAGCGUGGCGUCCGGGGACUGUGGCCUCGUGGAUGAUUUGCUAUCGACGCUAGAAAACUACGAGGCGAGCAGCGUCACGUUGGAACACCUUGGGGACUUUAUCGACCCGGCCACGGGCGCCACAUUCGUCAUGGCCGCCGCCGGAUGCGGGCACAUGCCGCUUCUGACCAAGCUGUGCACGGAAGCAUUGCGGGCGAAAGCGCACUUGGAAGUCCAAGACAAGUGCGGCAAUACGGCGCUGGCGUGGGCAUGCAAAUUUGGCCAAGUGCUGGCGAUCCAGUUCCUAUUGGAUCAAGGAGCGUCGUUCCAGACUCUGCACAAGGACGAGCUCAAGACGUGGCCCAAGUCGAGUUUACAAGCGCUACAUGAACACUUGCAAACGCGCAAGAAGUUGAAGAAGCAGGACGAGGCGGAACCGGGGGGUGACGGGGCCUUUGCCCCACAUGCCUUAAUGCAGUCGCUACUCCCAAAGCAACUGGCUAGUCCUCCGUUGCCCAAGAACGCUGCGCAAAAGAAGCCGCUGUACCAGCCGUUGGUGCCCGUGGUGGUCGACCAGCCAUCGAAAAAGCGACCUGAAGUACAAAACGUCGUGACCUCGACAUCAAAGGGAAAACCCUCGCAUUGUACGGGGCAACCAAAGGCAACUAAUGUACGUACUACUGCAGCGAAGACCGGUGGAGGGUUCCAUGCGGCACCGCCGAGCGCGGCGGCGGCAAGUGGGAGCUUAGUCGGUCGGGCAUUGCAAGCGUGGACUCCGGAUAUCAACCCCCCGGGCAAAGAAGAGGGGGGGGAGGAGGCUGAUGGCGGCGGGGAGGCGUUGGAAAGUCAAGGGGGGGCUAAGAAAUGGGACCAAUUUGAAGCCAACCGCCGCCUCUUUGGGGUCCAGGCCGCCGAUUUUGACGAAAACUUGUACACAACCACGCGACCGACGGGAUCGACAGACCAGGAAGCGGCGGCGGUGGCACUGGCGGCGGAAAUCGAAGGAAGCAAGCGCAGUGUGUUCAAGCACGUGAACGAAGAGCGAGGGUUGGACGAGGAAGAAGGUGAAGGAGGAGGGUAUGACCCCGAAGCCAGGUACGGCGCGGUGCUGGGCAGUGGCGCAUACGGCCAUGGAACCACCGACAAGGGGGAUGGAUUUACAGACCAGGGCGUACUCUCGCGACGCCACACAUAAGCUUAAAUGGACACUCCAUUGAGUUU